GCUGGCCGCCAUUAAAAAUAUGAGAAGAAGAAGAGUGACGUGCGUCAAGACGUAAAGUUAGUUUACGUUCCACCUUUACUACUCCGCUAUGCUAGUAAGCAUGUGCAGCCUUUAAGUUUCAGCCUAAUUGAGAACGUACAUUCUCCGUGAAUUCCUUAUAAUAUUCACUUCUUCGGCAGCAGCAUGAGCACGUUAUGGAUGGGGAACCUGGAGGCCUACAUGGAUGAGAAGUUUAUCACCAGAGCCUUUUCCACCAUGGGGGAGCAGGUGAUCAAUGUGCGGAUCAUACGCAACAAGAUGACUGGUUUGUCAUCACCCAGGGGGGCUCUGGGCUACUGUUUUGUUGAGAUGACAGAUGAAGCCACCGCUGAGAGAUGUCUCCGCAAAAUCAACGGAAAAUCCUUACCAGGAGCCAAUCCGCCCACAAGAUUUAAGUUAAACCGAGCCACCUUUGGGAAACAAGACAGUGGUCAGAUGUAUUCUCUGUUUGUGGGAGAUCUAACUCCAGAGGUGGAUGAUGGGAUGCUUUACGAGUUCUUUUACAACCGCUACCCUUCCUGUCGAGGUGGAAAAGUGGUGCUGGACAGCAUGGGCAACUCCAAGGGCUGUGGCUUUGUUCAGUUCCCAGACGAGCGGCUGCAGAAGCGGGCUCUAGAGGACUGUCAGGGUGCUGUGGGACUGGGUAGUAAACCUCUGAGACUGAGCCUGGCUGCUAACAAGAACAGGCAGCAGCAGCCCUCAGAGCACAGAUCGUGGCAGUCUAGCUCAGGAUACAAGCCCAGCUACGACCAGUACAACCAGUACCAGCAGCAGGCCUAUCCUGGGUAUUACCCCUCAUGGGGCUACGAUCAGACUGGAGGAGGAUACGGCUACAACUACCAGCAGUAUGAUUACACACAGUAUCCCCCACCACAGGAGAGUGAGGCCAUUCAGGAUGAUGGACUUGAAGAUCCCAGUCCGGAGAUGGAUGUGGUGGAGGCCAACAGGAAAUUCAUGGAACUCAGUGAGGAACUGUAUGAUGCUCUGAUCGAGUGUCACUGGCAGCCAGCAGAGCUCUCUGCAGAGCAGGACUAUAUGACCUCCAGCCUUCCAGAGCCCAUCUACUGCUGACUCUGCUAUGGAGCUUUUUAUUUACAGAUGUCUGCUCACAGUGGGGAUCCUUUUUGAGGACAGAAGUCAUGCUAAGGAUUCUACAACAAAACAUGUUUCUGAUGUGUUUAUGGAUCCACAGAACACACUGAAUAGAUAGUUAGUGUGUCCUAUUACCAACAUAGUCCCAAGAUGUUGUGAGAGACACAAAACAAAAUGUAAAAUGAAACAAUCAAAUCCUAAAAACUAAAAUGGCAUGGAUAAAGUAAACCAAAAAGUAAUGUCACACUUAGAGACCAUUUCACACCUCUUUCUGGUUUGUGUCCAUGUUAAACAGAUAAGCUGACAUAUUGGCUACAGGUACAGUGCACAUUCUAGAUGAUGUGCUGUCAUUAAAGCUCUGUAUGUAUGAUGAUCCUUUGUAGUUAUAGCAAUGCUCAAUUAUUCUUCUGUUAGGACAGUUAGAAAAAUGAGACGGUCAGCGGUGAAGAUUGGUCAGUCUAUUGUGCCUUCAAGUCAAUUAUUAGAUUCUCCCUAGCUAAUCCAUUGUCUCUUCAUACUGACAUGAUCAAUCUGGCUUUAAUAUUAGUCAUCUUCAUUACCAUAUAUUAAACUAAUGAACUACAGAAGAACACAUUCAUUACGUAGAAAUCGUAACACUGUUAGUGAAUUAUUGCUUUCAAAUGUUUACAACACAUAUAAUAUGAGUGAUUAAAAAUGCUAUUCAAUAUAAUUCAUAGUACAAUGAGUCAAUUCUGAGUAUAGUUUGGAUACAGAAGUUCUCUGUCAGACUAAUGCAACCAGAUAUAUACAACUUCUGAAAUUUUUAGGUUUUGAAAGACUAAAAUACAUUCAUGUUGAGUUAUUUUGGCAGGUUUCAAAAUAGCUGAGGCCACCAUAGUGCCAGCCCAUCAUAUUCGGCACAGCCCAUCAGAUGAUUGGAAGCUUUGUUUUCACUUCUACUCAUGUCGCCUUUUAUGAAGUAUUUUGAAAACAUGUAGAGAAAAGCUUGUUUAUUUUUGAUAAGAUCAUCGCGAAUAAAAUGAGCAUGAAGCUGAAACUCCAGAAACUAAAUGUGCUAUUCAAAUCAAUCCAUGUCUUUGAAACCAAAGCUAAUUUGAGAGUUUUUGAAAUCAGAAAUUUCAGAGCUGUUGUUUCACAGCUAUCCAUAAUUCACUUACGGUGUCACUUUUUACAAGUUGCACACGCUUCCAUUUUCAUUGAGUACUUCUCUGUGGGACAACAGUGUUCCUCUACAUGGAAUGUGUAUGGUCUACAUACAGUAAGUCACAUUUGUGAUGUUUCUGAGAUAGUUAAAAUUCUUCUCACUCACCAGGAGGAUUUCUAUCAUUCCAAACAUUUGGUCACUUAGUCUUUUCCUGGUGGAAAUGUGCUUGGUUGUCCUGAUGCUGUUCAGUAGAAUCUCCAACAGGUGGUGCUGCUGCAGCCAUCACACCUAUUGGCUAUUGUCAAUAGGCCAGUGUGUGUAUGAAGAGAUGCACAUAUUCAAUGUGAUAGAUGACAUUCAUAACCAAAUAUAAGCUGAAUCCAAUCACUGUGGAAGGCGGGAAACCCACAACUAAUCAAAAAUAAACCUGAGACUACUCAAAGA